UGGAGCUUCCAUGGCCGCAUCUCUUUUUCCCUGUGAUUUCAUGACGUCCCUGCGUCGCAUAUUCCCCGAGCUCGUCGCCAUGGCUGCACCCAGCAGCUCCCUGCCGCGCCCAGCUCUUCGCCCUUUUCCCUAUGGCGCGUCUCCCGGCCCUGGCUCAACGAUCUGCGUUCUCCCUGCUCUCCCAAGCAACGCGUCGUGGAGCUCCUCCUUGCGCGCGCCCAGUCAGCGCCUGUGCGCUGCGGUUUCCUCUUCAUCUUCCUCAAGCUCGCCGAGCGGUUCUUCCCCCAGCACAUCUCCCUGCCCAAUCGCCCCAUUUCCUCAUCUCCCUCGAGCUCGCCCCUGCCUCAGCUUGGACUGCGCUGCUCGGCUCUAGUGAAAGAAGAUCCCUCUGCCCAGCCGCUCCUUGCUCCCUGCACGCCGGAGCUCGCCCAGCUCGGCCUCCUCCCCACGCGCGUCCUUGGUUUCUUGCUCGCCCAGCCGUUUCUCCCUGCAAGCUUCGGCUCCCUGCGCGUCUGCUCCAGCUCGGCCAUGGCCGUCGCAGCCAAGUCCCUUUCCCCCAGCCGGCUUUUCUGCGCGCGAAGUUCCUUUGGCUGCGCCCUCCCUUUCUCUUCCAGCUCGCGCAGGUCUGCUGCUCAUCUCCCAUGGUGGUUGGUCGCUGCGGCGCAGCUUCCUGGUGCCGCGACCCCCGCCGUGAUCUCCUCUACCGCGCCGAAUUGCGCAGCGCCGUUGACGCCUGCCGAUUGUUCGAUACUUUGCGCGGCUAGUCGCGGUCAUACACAGCAGUGCCUGCUCCCAGCUCCGCGCCCCAGUCCCUAGUGCCCGACCGUCGUCGCCACCGGCAGUACGCCGACG